GUAUAACCUCCCUUUUUGUCACUUGUUUCAAAACCGUAAAACGGCCGUAACACGAGUAGUAUAGAUCGUAUGACUGUUGUUUUUUGGUUUUUCGAAAAAAGACCACCCUCUGACCUUUUAUAGUUAUCCUCUUUUUUUGGAUGAUUUUCUAAUCUCCACUCGAUAUUACUUCGUAUGGGUGGUGAAUCAUCUGUGUUUUGAUAGUGUAGCUCUUUGAAAAAAAUGGACACAAUGGAACGACGCUUGGAGUAUGUCUUAUAUUAUUACGAUAGAUACUGCAACUGGGUUGUUGACCACGCCAACAUAGUAACUUCCAUCGAAUCCUUAACCAGUUGGAGCUCGUUUCUCUUAUCAGGUAAACUGAAUGACACAACUGUUGUAGAAGUGCUCUACUCGCUGUCUCGAUUGUAUUCACUUUUGAACGACCAUGCUUAUGUGCAUGUCAAAAAGAUCCCUUUUCAUCCUUCAACAAAGCCAGGAUACUUUUGGAAACUGUUUCUUACUGUGAUAGAAUAUCUAGAAGUCAGUCUUGAAAUCACUGCAGACCAGAAAUUGAGCAAAGAAGGAAAAUGGGCUAUAAUUUCUACUAUUCAAACCUUGAAAACCGCCGGAAGGCUAAUAUUGCUACAUCAAACAAAAACAGGCCUUUUACCUAAUCCACCUGUUUUACCGCUGUCAAGGAAUGCAAUUGAGAAAUUAGAACUUCUCCCUUCAAGUGCGUUUUUUACCUUGAAGUCAGGAAAAACCAUUCGUAGAGUUACUGAAGGACCUUAUAUUGCAGAAGAAUAUCUGAAAGCAUUGCCAGGACCUGAACUCGAUGAAAGGACUUUACAAUUUAAUCAUGUUCAGAAAUUAGCUGAGAUCAUUUUUAUUCUGAAACCAGUGGUACAUUUACUAGCCUUACGGAAAUGGGGGUCCAGAAGUUAUAAACCUUGGUUUCUUUCUUUAACCAUGGAUGCUGCGAGUUUGUCAAUUUUUCAAUUUCAUCCUUCUGCAAAGUUAAAGAAUUCGGAUCAAGAAUGGCAAAUAUUCUACCGCUAUAUGCGUUUGCUUCUGUACAUUUUGCGUUCGCCCCUGUAUGACAGGAUUUCAAAGCAGACGAUCGAUAUUUUCUUCAUCGGACUGAGACGAUCACUUCCAUGCUUUGGGUGGUUGAUCAAUCAGUUAGCAGCUUACCUGCCUAAAUGGCAACAAAUGUAUUUUUACAUGUGGUCUCUUUAAACAUGAAUAAAAAUUAAGUUCCAAUUAUGACCAUUUACUUGUUAACACUUGGGGGGGGGGGAUUCGAUAUAUUAUACCAUACUUGUUGGUUAGAAAAUAGUCAGCAUUUAUAUCAUAUUUCAUUUCUUUGUGUAUUAAGUUGAUAGUUUUUAUUUUUCUUAUAUUCUGUCUAAAAUUCAUGUUCGAAAUCAUGUCAUUAUUAAAAACUCUUCUUUUUAACACAAUAAAAUUUAUAGUUGAUGUAUUAUUUAACAACUUAUUGUUGUAUUUAAACUGGGAUUAGUGUUGUCGUAUAUAUUUCUCAGUGUACAAAUUUAAAAUACUUUUUUUUAUAUAUUAUUUUUGUAAUCUACGUUUGUAAUUUAUGAAUGGUGAUAUGAGCCCCUAGUCAUACAGGGAAGACUAGAUGUAUAAAAUGUUUUAUUUUAAUGGUUUUCAUUACUUAGCUUACACUAAAAAACUUUGCUUCAAGCAAAGAGGGAUAAAAUUGAAUUAUCGAAAAAGGAUGUGGACUUUACAACCUGGAUGCAUAUAAUUGAAGAGUUGUUUUGUAUAAAUUGUUUAAAUAGCUUGCUGUUUGUGCAUAGUUACAUUAAAUGGAAGUUCUCUUUCAUAUAAUUUAAUUUUUUUUGUACUUGGAUCAGUUAUUGAAACCAGUGAGAGAACGUUUCCAGUAAAAAAAAGUCAAGUUCCAGUUUUAAAAAAAAGUAUAAUUGCUAUGUAUGACACCCUUGGCAUAAAGGAAAUUAGAAUUUUAGGAACACAAGAAUGGUAAGAGAAAAAGGGCAUUGCAAUUUAUCCAAAGAUUAUCCAAAAUUUGUGAUUUUGUAAGUUGUAAAAGGU